AUGUUACUCGUAACUAAGUUCAAUAACAAUAGUGAUAGUGAUAGUAAUUCUACCGCUAGUCUAGUUUAAACCCGCCACCAAGUCAGACUCAAAACAAAAUUAAAAUUUAAAAUGUUUAAAAUCAAGUUUAAUUUCAAUAAAAAUUCUCUCUGGACACAAUUCACACUCAUUUUGUUUCUCACUGCUGGUGUGAAUACCAACUACCAGACGAAAAUAAUCGGAGGUAAAAACAUCAAUUGGGACAGUUAUCCAUUCAUGGCAUCAGUUGUCAGUCGUGUAAACCUCUACGAAGUGCGAUUAUGUGGCGGAUCUAUUAUUCAUUCACGUUGGAUACUCACAGCUGCUCACUGUUUAGAAAAAAUAAGAACAAACGACGUCCGCGUGUUUAUAGGCAGCACAAAAUACGCUGGUGGCACUCGUUAUUACGCAAAAAAUCUAAUCCUACAUGAAAAAUACGACGGAGAACACAAUGACAUCGCAUUAAUCGAAUUAAAGGAACCUGUAACCUUCGGCGCAGGACAAAAAAUACGUCUUAACACAUCUCCUAUACCAGAAGGUACACAAGCAACUUUAAUUGGUUGGGGAUUGUUAUCAGCACGUAAGAAUACAAAAGAUGUUCCGCCACUGCACAGUGUCACGCUUCGUGUGACGAAAUGUCAGCGGGAGGAUUAUUUGAAUAUACCCGGGUUUCCCCCGGGGUUGAUUCUGGCGAUUAGGAACGAUGAUGACUCCACGUUGAUUUGUACUUCGACUAGGGAGGGAAAGGGCGCGUGCGUGGGUGAUUCCGGCGGGCCGCUGAUAGCAGGCGGUAAACAAAUAGGUAUUGUUUCACGCGGAACGCCGUGCGCCACUGGCGUGCCGGAUAUUUAUACGAAAGUUCAGGCGUUUGUGCCGUGGAUCGAGAAGCGCACAGGGGUGAUUUUUAGGGUGUAAAUGUCAUGAAUUUACAGGUUAUGUCAAUAAAAAUUGGAAAA